AUGCAGCUCGAGGAGCGCACCAAGGACUGGUCCUUCGAGACCUUCGCCUUCCUGCGGAUGUACACGACGUACAUCAACAACUACACCCAGGCCGUCUACACCUUUCAGCGCCUGCAGCCCAACUUUGCGCAGAUGGUCGAGGGACCACCCCGAGGCAUCAAGCUGUCGUUCCAGGACUACCAGAUCAUGCCCGUGCAGCGCAUACCCCGCUACGUGCGAGUACGGGAAGAGCUCAACUACUGCUGA